CUUACCUCCAGCCGCCAUAGCAGUAUUUAGUAAUUUAGCGGCGUGUGAUGCAGUACUGGAUUCCACCGCUAGAGUUCUCCCCUCACCAGCUCCGCUCCGCUCCGCUGGCGCUGUUGUCUGUGUUUACCUUCACAGUACUGUGGCCAGCUAGACACAAAAACCACCAUCCACAACCUCUCAACAACCAGGCAGGAACAACACUAAUGUGAGCCGCCUCGCCUUCGAUGCUUCGCGGAUUCCCUGCAGCAGCUGUGUGUUGGUGACACUGUAAGCAAAGUUAAGAUGAAUAAGGAAAUCAUGUCACGCGUGGUGAAGAAGAGGCUGGCGGACCCCAAGGUGGUCCAGUAUGUGUGGGCGGCCAUCGAGGUCGUCCGCAACCAGAAACAAAUCGCAAACAUGGACAGGAUCUCCAAGUACCUGAGCCGUGUGUUUGGCAUGCACCCGAAGGAGACUGCCAGGCAGCUGAGCUUGGCGGUGAAGGACGGCCUGGUGGUGGAGACCCUGACUGUUGGCUGCAAAGGCACCAAGGCCGGCAUCGAGCAGGAAGGAUACUGGCUGCCUGGGGAGGAGAUGGAUCCGAAAGUAGAAGGACACAAGGAGUGGGAGGCGGAGAGCCACGACUGGUACUGCUUCGAGUGUCACCUGCCGGGCGACGUCCUCUCGUGCGACAACUGCUUCCGGGUUUACCACCUCAAGUGUCUGUCGGACGAGUUCAAGCCCAGAGACGCAGGAUCCCACUGGCAGUGCGUCGUCUGCAGGGGCAGUAAAAAGAAGAACCUGAACAAGCAGGAGAUGAGUAAAUACCUGCGCUUCAUUGUACAGCGCAUGAAGGAGAGGGCGGUGGACCUGAACAAGAAAGGCAAAGACACUAAACAUCCCAUGUACAAACGGCUGAUCCACACCGCGCUGGAGGUCUCAAACAUCCACGAGAACCUGUCUGAAGGAAAGUAUAAAACCUUUGAGGAGUUCAAAGCGGACGCUCAGCUGAUUGUUCACAACACUGCCAUCUUGUAUGGAGUUCACAGCGACCAGGCGGAGAUCGCACGGCUGCUCUUCAGCGACACGUGUCACGAGUUGAACGAGCUGCUGUUGUGUAAGACCUGUUUCUACCUGUCCAACGCCCGGCCAGACAACUGGUUCUGUUACCCCUGUACACCCAACCAUGACCUGGUGUGGGCCAAGAUGAAAGGAUUUGGCUACUGGCCGGCUAAAGUCCUUCAGAGGGAUGAAAGCCAGGUCGAUGUGCGCUUCUUUGGCCACCAGCACCAGAGAGCGUGGAUCCCCGCGGACAACAUCCAGGACAUCAAGGUGAGCAUCCAGCAGCUGCAGGUGAAGCGCAGCAGCGGCUGGAAGAAGGCGUGCGAGGAGAUGGAGCUCUACCAGCGCUUCCUGCGAGAGGGCCGCUUCUGGAAAACAAAGAUGGAGGAAAGCAGCAUGCCGUCACUACCGCCUCUGCAGCAGAGUCAGAGUCAGAGUCAGAGUCAGAGUCAGAGUCAGAGCCAGAGCCAGAGCCAGAAUCAGCAGCAGCAGCAGCAGGAGGGCAGCGGGAGGACGGACAGGCCGGAGAGGACGGACGAAGCCGAGUCCAGCAUCUCCUCCACCAGCAACGAGCAGGUCCGACAAGUAAGUGGGCUCAAAGGCAGCCUGGAGCCCAAGGCCAAGAAAAGCCGUCGAUCUCAAAUGGUCGAGCCCAAAGAAGAAGUCAGUUCUGUGCUCCAAUGCUCGUCUCUCCACCAGGACCCGGAGCCCGAGAUGGAGGCGGUGAGCUCCAGCCAGGAGAUCCCGGUGUCCUCGGCGCCCCAGCAGCCCGAGAGGCUGUCGGUGUCCACGCAGACCAAGAAGGCCGGCGGCGGGUCGCCGCGCACGCUGCACCGCGGCACCCAGACCAGCAGCGACGGCGCCUGCCAGAACAUGUGCCACGAGAAGUACACCAAGGUCUUCAACGACGUCAAGGAGAUGAUGAAGGCCGACAACAAGAGGGAGACGGAGAGGGUCGUCAGAGAGGCUCUGGAGAAGCUCCGUGCAGAGAUGGAGGAGGAGAAGCGCCAGGCGGUGAGCAAGGCGGUGGCCGGAGCUCAGGCGGAGAUGGAGCGGAAGUGUAAGCAGGUGAAGGAGAAGUGUAAAGAGGAGCUGGUGGAGGAGGUGAAGAAGGUGGUGGCCCAGAACAAACAGCUGGUCUCCCAGACCAAGAAGAAGCAGUGGUGCUAUAACUGUGAGGAGGAGGCCAUGUAUCACUGCUGCUGGAACACCUCAUACUGCUCCAUCAAGUGUCAGCAGGAGCACUGGCACGCCGACCACAAACGAACCUGCCGCAGGAAGAGAUGAACAAGCCCCGCCCCCUCCCUUUGACCUUACACAGCACGCCAUUGGCUCUCUCCCUCUCCUCCUCCUGUCAGUCAGUGUCUACAAAACACACACACACACACACACACACACACACACACUUCCCUCCUGCUUCUCUACUGGCCUUCCUGAAAACUUUGUGGACCCGACGUUUUCUGCGUGAAAGAGCGAUUUGUUACCUUUUUUAUUUUCCUUUUGUUUCUAUUAUUUAAUAUACCCAUCGUAUUGAUUUAUAUACUAUUGUUUUAUUCUCUGAAUCGUGAACAGAUUGCUCAAAUGCAGAGUUACGGUAUGAUUUUUGUGUUGUUGUUUUUCACGAUUUAUUAUUAUUUUUUCUUUACUGAAGUGCUGACGUUGAGCUUGUGUCAGAGAAUGUGUUAUUUAAAUGUGUCGUAACAGAUGAGCGUUAACUGCAUACAUUUUAUUACCUGAAUUUUUAAAUAAUCCACUUUUCUUACUGUAAAUGCAACAAAUACACACCGUCAAUCGUACAGUUCAGACACAGCGUGAGUCCCGUCGCUGCGUCGAACGAGCUCCGCUUUCAUAGAGAAAACAUUCAAAAAAUAACAAAAAAACUGCAGAGAUGUGGACGACGUGGCUCACCGUGUUCGUGUUUCCUUCAGUGUUUUUAUUAAACUCUUGCGGUGAGUAGCACCUUUUUAUCGUUUCUACCUAAAAUCAUAUCGAGUCCUCGAGUCACUUAUUGGGAACACAGGGUCACGACGUCGGCCGCAAAGAGGAGUCGACUAGAUAACUCUUCCAUGUAUUAUUAUAACUAUGACAUCAUUAUGCACAUCCUGGGGCUCUUUCUUAAUAGACUAGUUUUUAUGAAUCCGAUAUUUAAAAAAAAAAAAAAAAGAAUGAAAAGCUUUCAAUUGGUUCUAAAUUGAGGAAAUGUUGAGCAAUCUUUCCUGAGCUGGAUCUUAGAGAGGUUCCAUGAUUUCACUGUUUCUCCUCCUUUUGUUUUCUUAACGACCCGAAUGCUUCUUUGUAAUAUUGCCAAAAAAACACACGAGAUAUUUAGUUGAAGCUACCUGAAGACGCGCGGUGAGUCGUCUCUCCUCCUGCGUCCUACAACCUUAAAAUUACUUUAUAUAUAUUUUUACAAGCUUUGUCAGUUUCAUUUUUACAGGAGCUUUGGGAGGCGAGUGAGAAACAAACAUAUCUGGUGAUCCGGAUUCUGUCGUUAUGAUUUAAGAACAGGAGAAAAACCCUUGUUGAUGCGCGAGUGUUUUGUUGUGAUACUCACUUUGGCCACUAGAGGCAGACGUGCACCACUACCCCAUGUUCUAGAUGGGUAAAAUAGCAUUCACAUAACAUCUCAUGUUCACCCUCUUGUGGCCGCAGUGAGUAUUACAACAAAAACAAAUCUUUUAGAUGAAGAAAUUAAUAAAAUAGAGCUUAGAAAGAUUAUCCGGGCAAAAGCUUCUUUCCAGCUGUUCUUAAGUCGUAAAAAAAACUAUUCAGACGAGGCUGACGCCUCUCAGCGCUCCCGUACAUUCUGAAGUGACGUGCACUCUGAAAUAGUUUCUUUCCUUUGUCAAACCUGAAGUGACUCUUUCACUGCGUACGCUGUCGUCGGUGGUCGCUGCCGGUUUCUCUUUCUUUUCUCAUCCUCUUGCUCCCAGUGAGGCGACGUGCAUGUUGAUGGUUUCAUAGUUUGUCUUCUUUUCCUGUCAUUACGGUAAAACAAAAACAAAAAAACAGACCAGAAGCUCGCUGGUGUUUAAUAAACAGUGACGAUGGAUGGACCAAUAUAAAACAUUAUGCAAAUGUGAAUGAUCAAAUUCAUCUUUUCUACAGCUUCCUGCACUAGAUGUUGAGUGGUGUAUAAAUAUGGUGCUCGGAAACUUCUUUCUGUUUCUUAAAGUGGCGAUAAAAUUGCCACUUUUAGAUUUUCUUUGAUUUUCUGAGACUCUUUUAAAGUUGCUCGACUGUUUCCUCGGUUAUGACGAUUGACUGAACGGAGGAACGUGAUUCAGUUACUCUGUAUCGACGCAGAUUGCUGUUAAUCGAUUUGUGCUUCUUUUAACAUGUGACAAAUAAAAUACCGUAAAUUCUCACAUAGUGGACAGGACCUUUUUUAUUCAUCUCGACUAAAGAAAGACGGGACUUUUAUAUCUACGGUCUGUAAAUUACAUUUUAAAACUUCUCUCAACGCUUCAGGUGCAAAUACCACACUACAUUACUACAUAGUAUUUGUACAACAUGUACUACAUAAUAAUUGACCUGGUGAAACAGUACAGUUGUUCAAGUUACUCUUCCAUUCAACAGGACUUGAUCUACAUCUGCAAACAGACGAAACAAAGUGUUUUUCAAUGACUUAAUACUUUUUAACCCGAUACAUUUAUGUAGGUAGUACUCCCAAUGAUGUACUACAUACUAUGUGAAUCAAGUGUGUACUUUAUACUUAUAUUAUAUAAGUAUACUGUUUUCCAGUUAUUACACAAGAAACGUUAGGGCU